AUGGACAGUUAUUUCAGGCUACUACCCACCCGAUCACCAAAUUAUCACAGGCGGAACUUGGAUUCGUUCGAGGCAUUGUGGGAACUGGCCGAGCUACUUGGUCAAGUGAAACCACCCACUGCUUCGAAGGAGGAGAUUGACAAGUCUGGGCUCGAAGUUAUCAAGGCAAAUUCACUUGAGGAGUAUGCAAAGGACGGACGUGUCGCUACUAACUGCGUCGACCGGUGUCUCAUAUGUCUUGAUGAUUAUGUGCCGGACGAUGACCUACGUGUCUUAAGCUGUAAACACGCAUUCCACCAAGGCUGUGUAGAUAAGUGGCUCCAGACAGGAAGGAAUAACUGUCCUGCCUGUCGCACGAAGGGCGUCGACAAUGAGACUAGCCCCUCCACUGAAGCAUCCGCUUCGAAUUCAACCUUGACACCCCAGCCAGCAGCCGCAUGA